UGGCGCCCCGUCGCAGGCACCACCCAAGGCCCCCUGUGUCCUCUCUUGUCGACUGACGCCGCCCAUCUUCUUCUUCUUCUUCUCAUUUUAUUAAUCGCAAGCUGCUGCUGUGUGGGUUGCCCAAUGCUGAUCACCCACCCAUAGAUACAUUGCCGGGCCUUCCAUUGACUUGCGCGCCGCGCGUCCCCUCUCCACUGUGAGUGGUGUGCAACGACUCCCGUGUGCGCCAGAGUGACACUGGGGAUUGACUUGACAACUAAUAAUAUAAGCCCGUGGUUGGAUCCUUCCCCGACCUUGCCGCCACUUUUCUUAUUCGCCUGCGCUCGCUUCCUCUAUUAUUGUUGUUGUUGCUAUUAUCGUCGCUCGCUUGCACCAUGACCAGGCGGAAGGCCAUUCCGUUCCUCGCCUUUACCGUAGCAGCCGUCAUCGUCCUAUUCUUCUAUUCGAGUUUAGACAGUCGCGAAACAUGGCGGGGACUACCGCAGCAUGUUGGACUCGGAGAGCACAUUGGAGGUAGCAGCGCGAAACCUCCCGGUACCGGCAGCGGGGCCUCUUCUACAACAGAUGGUCCGCAUGCAAAGGACCCGGAUUACGCCAAUUGGAACCCCAAGCCCAACUUCAGAAAAGGCUCGCCAAUGCCGCCGGGGCAUAAUUACACCUCUACCCUGGUGAUUGCAAAGACAAAGGACGAAGAUAUAGGCUGGAUAGAGGAAAAGAUGCCGUACCAGGCCAAGGCAGUCUAUGUUGCAGAUGACCCCACUGCACCGUUGCAUCCGCCCAAGAACAAGGGCCACGAGGUCAUGAUCUACUUGUCGUGGAUCAUCGACAACUACGACAAUUUGCCCGACGUGGCCAUGUUCAUGCACGCGCAUCAGUUGACCUGGCACAACGACGACCUGCUCAGCAACGACGCACAUCUCCUUGUAACACGUCUGAGCCGGCAGCGCGUCUGGAGAGAGGGCUUCGUGAAUAUGCGGUGUAGCUGGUACCCCGGCUGUCCAGACUGGAUGCACCCCGGCGAAACGGAGAAGAACGACUUCAAGCAGGAAGAAGUCCUAAUUGCAAAGUCUUGGUCGGAGCUCUUCCCACUCGACGGAGUGCCGAGCGUCCUGGCCCAGCCGUGCUGUGCCCAAUUCGCCCUUUCGCGGCAACGCAUCCAGGCGAAACCCUAUGCGCAAUAUGUAUGGUACAGAGAUUGGCUGUUCAACACGCGGCUUCCAGACCACCUCAGCGGUCGCAUAUGGGAGUACGUGUGGCAAUUCGUCUUCACUGGCGAAAACGUAUACUGCCCCAAGGAACAUGUAUGUUUCUGCGACCAGUUUGGCACCUGUUUUGGCGGCGAGGAAGCCUAUUCCGACUUUGUCGUGCUUAGGAAUGAACUCGGGGACCGGGAAAGGGAUCUCAGGGAGUGGGAAGAGAAGAAGAAGGCGAGGCAGGAAGCCGAAGAAAAGGGCGAGCAUGACAAGCUGGAGAAGCUGGAGAAGCCCGAGCAGGGCAAGGAUGAGGAAUACAAAAAAGAGAUUGAUCGGUUGCGGCCUAUUGUCGAUGGACUCAAGCACGAUGCAGAGGUCCGAGGCCAGGAUCCGAAGAAUAGAGCAUGGGAGGCGGGGAGGGAGUGGCACGAAGGUGAUGAUUUCUAAAACAUGUUGAUACGGCAUUUUUCACAAAGCUUCACAUUCUAAGCGGCGCAUCUGAUCUAGGGGGCGGAAAGUCUGUUAGAAUUCAUGGCGUUAUACGGAAGUGGGAAGCAUGCAUAGGCUGCGGCAUACAUCCUACGGCUUAGCUUGGAGUAUGGGAGGGUUACAUGAAUGUAACUGGGCAAUGCUAACGCAUUUGACCCACCUGCUGCACUCUAGUCACCUCGUCCGCGUGUGUGGAAUGCUCGACGCCAAAACAUGAACAGCUUAUGUAAUCGCGCAUCCUCGGGUGCAAAACCAAUCACAUGCCCCGUGCGGCCUCACCCAACAGUGCAAACCACGCAAACCUAC